AUGGCGGAAAUCGCGGACCAGGUCAAGAUCUUGAAGGACGCGCAGCAGAAAAACGAAGCCGUCGAAACAGCUCAGAGGGAGAAAUUAGACAAAAUCGACGUACCAGUUGGGGAAAUUUUUGAAGUGGUCGAGAUAUCCAACAUGGCGUCUAGAGAAAAAUUCAUGGCAAUCAACAAGGACAAAAAAGAAAAGAUGGAGGAGUUAGAGAAAACAAUUAAGCGCAUCAAGUUUCAGAUAGCAGUGGACAAGGAAAUUAACGCCAAGGAGCCCAACAAACGUCGCAUCCGUCGUCGCAGGAGCGUUAUUCAUGAUGACGGCUGGGGUUUGCGCUGGUGCCGCAAUGGUCGCAUCUGGAAGAUCUUAAAUGGAUGGAUGGAUGGAUUAGAUGAGGUCUUGAUUCGAAGGAGCUUGCUCAUUGCUGGGAAAUGUCUCUUUUAUUCAUGCGGUUAUACUACCAGUCUGAUAACAACGUAA